AUGGAUGACCUGUUCGACGUAUUCGACGAUAAACCUCAAACGGCAGCUUCCAGCAAGCCCAAAAAGGCAAAGAAAGAUAAGAAAGACAAGAAAGACCGCAGUAAGAAGAGAAAUGCGAAUGGAGAUGUGAAGCCAAUUGUUGAUGCGCAGGAUGAGGACUCCGAAAUGAUUGAUGCUGAGGAUCCAGCGGUAGAAGCAGAUGCAGAGGAAGAGGAUAUUGAAGAAGUGGACGACAAUAGAGAAGCAAUCAAGGCCGCAAAGCGACGCAGAAAGGAACUAGAAUCCGAACCGGUGGUUACAGAUGCCUUCGAGACAGCACAAUCGCGAGAACUGGCUGCUUCAGCAGGAUUGCAGGGUGCUCCGGAGGAAAAGCCAUUGGUACUACAGCACAACAUCCAACAUCAGGUUUCCCUACCUCCCGAUUACGAUUACGUUCCAAUAUCACAGCACAAGGCUCCCGAAAUACCCGCUAAAACUUGGGCUUUCGAGUUGGAUCCUUUCCAGAAAGUUGCCAUUGCAUCAAUUCAGAGAAACGAGAGUGUAUUGGUAUCGGCGCAUACUAGUGCAGGAAAAACAGUUACAGCAGAAUAUGCGAUCGCGCAAUGCCUCAAAAAUAAUCAGAGGGUUAUCUACACCAGUCCCAUCAAAGCUUUGAGUAAUCAGAAAUAUCGAGAGUUUACUCAUGAAUUUGGAGAUGUUGGUUUGAUGACUGGAGAUGUCACAAUCAACCCAACUGCGACCUGUCUGGUUAUGACAACAGAAAUUCUGAGAUCAAUGUUGUACCGUGGAUCCGAGAUUAUGCGCGAAGUUGCAUGGGUUGUCUUUGAUGAAAUUCAUUAUAUGAGAGACAAAGCCAGAGGUGUGGUUUGGGAAGAGACUAUUAUCUUGUUGCCAGAUAAGGUCAGAUAUGUCUUCUUGUCUGCAACUAUUCCUAAUGCUAUGCAAUUCGCGGAAUGGAUCACAAAAACUCACAAUCAGCCAUGUCACAUCGUGUACACCGAUUUCCGACCUACUCCCUUACAGCACUACUUUUUCCCAGCUGGCGCAGAUGGUAUCCAUUUGAUUGUCGAUGAGAAGGGAAAUUUCAGAGAAGACAACUUUUCAAAGGCCAUGGCAACGAUAGAGGAUAAGAAGGGCUCUGAUCCGGCUGAUAUCAAUGCAAAGCAAAAGGGACGUGGUAAAGACAAGAAGACCAACAAAGGCGCCAAUAAGGAGGGUUCGGAUAUCUACAAGAUUGUACGAAUGAUCAUGUUGAAGCAUUACAAUCCUGUUAUUGUUUUCAGUUUCAGCAAAAGAGAGUGCGAGGCAUAUGCGUUGCAAAUGAGCUCCAUGGCUUUCAACGAUCAAUCCGAAAAAGACAUGGUUACGAAAGUUUUCGAAAGUGCAAUCGAGUCUCUCUCGGUAGAGGACAGGACCCUACCUCAAAUUCAACACAUUUUGCCAUUGUUGAGACGUGGUAUCGGUGUUCAUCAUUCUGGACUCCUCCCCAUUCUCAAGGAGACCAUUGAGAUUCUGUUCCAAGAGAAUUUGAUCAAAGUUCUAUUUGCUACAGAGACUUUCUCUAUUGGCUUGAAUAUGCCCGCCAAGACUGUGGUCUUCACUAGCGUUGAGAAGUUUGAUGGUGAGAAGAUGCGAUAUCUGACACCAUCCGAGUUUGUACAAAUGUCCGGUCGUGCUGGUCGUCGUGGUCUUGAUGAUAGAGGUAUUGUCAUUAUGAUGAUCGAUGAUAAGAUGGAACCAGAGAGUGCUAAGACAAUUGUACGAGGAGAGCAGGAUAAACUCAAUUCAGCUUUCUACCUUGGUUAUAAUAUGAUUCUCAACUUGAUGCGUUUGGAAGGAAUUUCACCGGAAUUUAUGUUGGAGCACUGUUUCUACCAGUUCCAAAACACAUCAAGUGUCUCUGGUCUGGAAAAGGAACUCCAGGAUUUGCAAAUUGAAAAAGAUGAUGUUCAAAUUCCAGAUGAAGCAACUAUUAAGGAUUACUAUGAUCUUCGACAACAGCUUACCUCAUACACCAAGGAUAUGCGCGAUGUCAUUAAUCAUCCCAAUUAUUGUCUGCAGUUUAUGCAGCCAGGACGAGUCGUUCAUAUCAAACAUCAAGAUCAUGAUUUCGGUUGGGGAGCAGUCGUCAAGUUUACACCACGUCGACCUGCUAGGGGAUCUGCGGAACAAUUUCCCCCACAACAAUCAUAUAUCCUCGAUGUGCUCCUGUUGGUUUCUUCAAACAGCACCGUUGUUACACAAACACAAAGCGAUCUACCAUUAGGUAUCACACCACCUGGAGAGGGGGAUAAGGGCAAGAUGGAAGUUGUGCCAGUACUUCUAUCAUGUGUUGAAGCCAUUGGGCAUGUUCGUAUCUUCCUUCCAAAGGACCUCCACUCAGCCAAUGAACGAAACCAAAUUCGUAAAUCUCUAGAGGAAGUCAAACGCCGUUUCCCAGAUGGUAUCGCAGUCCUUGACCCGAUAGAAAAUAUGGGUAUUACAGAUGAUUCUUUCAAGAGACUCCUUCGCAAGAUUGAAGUUCUUGAAUCCCGUCUACUCUCCAACCCACUUCACAACUCUCCACGUCUCCCAGAUCUCUACGACCAAUAUGCCGGCAAACUUGACAUCACCAAACAAAUCAAAGAAAAGCGUAAAGCCAUCACCUCGGCUCUGAGCAUCAUGCAACUCGAUGAACUCAAAUCCCGCAAACGUGUCCUCCGUCGCCUCGGUUUCAUCAACGAACAAGAAGUCGUGGAACUCAAAGCUCGUGUCGCAUGUGAAAUCUCUUCCACAGGAGAUGGUCACGAACUUCUCCUCUCUGAACUCCUCUUCAAUGGAUACUUCAAUGACUUGACCCCGGAAAUGUGUGCAGCUGUUCUUUCGGUUUUCAUUUUCGAGGAAAAGAGUCAAGCACCUCCACUCUCAGAGGAAUUAGGUGUUAAAUAUAGGGAAAUCCAAGCUCAAGCUAGGAUUGUCGCAAAGGUUACUGCGGAGAGUAAGUUGAAGAUGAAUGAGGAAGAAUACGUGACUAGUUUCAAGUGGCAACUUAUGGAAGUGGUUUACGUAUGGGCACAGGGAAAGAGUUUUGCGGAGAUUUGCAAAAUGACAGACGUCUACGAAGGAUCUCUCAUUCGUCUCUUCCGUCGUCUCGAAGAACUCCUGAGACAAAUGGCUCAGGCAGGAAAGGUGAUGGGUUCAGAAGAGGUCUCGAGUAAAUUCGAAGAAGCGCUCAAGAAAAUUAGGAGGGAUAUUGUUGCGGCCCAGAGUUUGUAUUUGUAG